UCACACAGACAUUUCGUUUGUUAUUUAACUAAAAUUUGCAGCGACUAUGAAGAAUAACGACGAGGAGAAUUUAAAAGAUGACGCAAUCAAAAUUCUUAACGAAGAUUCGGCUGUAAAAAGUAACAACAAAAGUAGUGAACUCGAUAAUGAUCCACAUUCAUUUCAACGACAAAAUUUCCACAAACUUGAAGACAGCAUAUUUUUACAUAACAAAAAAUUAUUUUCCAGGCGACAAAUAGAACGCUAUUGGCUUGACUUAAUCAACACUGAGCGUUUUCAAAAUUAUGAUAAAUCAAUUACGGGAGAUUUCCUAUCAUAUUGGAAGUAUGUGCAGCCCAGUUUCGGCCGAUCAGUAUCAGAGCCUCAUUUACAAACAAUACAAAUUCAAGGCACCGAUACGCUCAGAAAAUGGAGCAAUAGCUUUCACGAAUUGUGUAACUUACCAGCAGGAAAAAAAUUUUACACCAAUUCCAUCACAAAGUUUACACCUAAAAUCACCACUUGGUUGUACUUGACAAAACAACAUUGCUAUGAUCUUAACUUCGCCGUAACUUACGAAGAUCUUAAACUAAUAUUCGAUGAAGCUUUUGGAUGUAUUAUGAAAUCGUCAGAUGAAAAGGAAAUUAUGUUUAAACUAUUCGUUGACCUAAAGAUGUAUUGUAACAAUGAAUACAUGACUAAUGCACAAAUGUCAUCUUUAAUUGGCAAUUAUUUUUUUACUCAUUCCUUUGCUUUAUCUUUAAAGGAAUUGAAUUUUAAAGAAGUUUAUACAUUUUUCGAAGAACUCAUGAUUCGUCAUUCAGUACUGGCACCUCCGGAUCAUAUAAAUUUAUUUUCACUUGAUGAAUCUAAUAAGAUUCUUACUCAAUUCAUUAAUAAAUACUUAAACUGUUUGCCACUUAUACGGUAUAUUUGUGGAAAAACGAUUAUAUUGAACAAUAAAUCAAAUGGUUCCAUUAAAUCUACAAAUUAGGAUUUCAUGUUCAAUAGUAUUUAUAGUAAAUUUAACUCAAAUAAGUAGUACUACUUUAAUGUGGCGAUAUGAUUUCGAUGAUUUUAGAAAAUUUGCAGUUAAGUAUUCAACAAUUCAUUUAUACUAUGUUAAUAAAAAAAUAU